AUGACCGAGUCGUCGUCCCCAAUUUACCACAUCAGGCCUUCUGAUCUCAAAACGUUCGUGCACGACGUGCUGGUUGGAAAUGGCGUCCCCAGUGACAAUGCCACUAUCGUCGCCGACUGCCUCGUGCAAGCCGAUCUUCGCGGCGUCGACACCCACGGCUCGAAUCGAAUCCCAUCCUACAUGGAGCGAAUUCGCCAAAAAGUCCUCGACGCCUCUGCAUCGCCGCAACUUCAGCAAAUCACUCCCGUCGUAGCCCUGGUCGACGGGCAAAACGGAUUCGGCUUCACCGCAGCGCACAUGGGCAUGCAACGCGCUAUCGAGAUGGCGGCCAAGUUCGGUAUUGGCAUGGUCUCCAUCAAGCACUCGAAUCACUUUGGCAUGUCAGCAUGGGUGGUUCAGCAGGCAAUCGAUGCGGGGAUGCUGUCGCUGGUGUUUACGAAUUCGUCCCCGGCGUUGCCGGUUUGGGGCGGUCAGUCGAAGCUCAUGGGUGUUUCGCCCAUUGCCUGUGGUGCGCCAGCGGGCAAGGAGCGUCCCUUCAUCCUCGAUAUGGCUCCGUCUAUCGCUGCUCGUGGGAAGAUCUACAAGGCUCUGCGCCGGGGUGAGAAGAUCCCCGAGGACUGGGCUUUGGAUGCAGAAGGAAAGCGUACCGAUGACCCGGCCAAGGCGCUGCAGGGAGUUAUGCUUCCAAUGGGUGGACCCAAGGGAUCCGCACUUUCGAUCAUGAUGGAUGUAUUCUCCGGCGUGCUCUCUGGAUCUGCAUUUGCGGGACAUGUUACCAAUCCGUAUGAUCCUUCGAAGCCUGCAGAUGUCGGGCAUUUCCUCGUCGCAAUUAAGCCGGACCUGUUUAUGAGCAUGGACGAGUUCAAGGAGCGGAUGGAUUACCUGUACCAGCGAGUUAUCGGGUGCGAGAAGAUGGAGGGGGUGGAUCGAAUCUAUUAUCCCGGGGAGAUUGAGCAGAUCACACAAGAUACGCGCCUGGCACAAGGAAUCCCUUUCACGGAAACCGAGAUUGCGAGUUUGAACAAGGAAGCUGAAGCGGUGGGAGUUGGAAAGUUGCAGCACGAUUGA